AUGGCCGCGAAGGAGCCGAUCGUUGUCGAGUCAAUCGACAGCGGCAUAGCCGAGCCCGGGAUCGAGCCCGGCGCCUCUACGGAAACCAUGCUCGUCACUACCGACAGCUUCGACGAGUACGAGCAGGAGAUGAGCAGCAGCAUCGACGGCGACAGGCAGACAAAGGAGAGCACUACUAGCAAUAUUUCCGAGAUCCAGGAGGACGUCGUGCACGACGUUUCCGCGACACCCGCUAUCACUACCACCACCAACACCACCACCACUACUACUAUUAUUGCCGCCGUCGCCCCCGCUGCCGUCGCCAGUUCGCGAGAAGAAUCCGAGAAAAGUCUUUCGUUAGAUGACGCGGAGAUGGAUGAUGUCGCGCACCGUUUGGGUCAAAGUAAUAUUACAGACGGGGACCCGUUGCGUUGCAAGACGUGGCUGGCGCAAAAGAAGCAUAUUUUUAUCCUCAGUCAAGCGGGGAAGCCGAUAUAUUCCAGAUACAGUUCAGAGGACAAGCUAGUCACAGUCAUGGGAGUCAUGCAGGCCUUAGUGUCGUUCGUUCAGGCUGGCAGCGAUAUGAUAAGAUCGGUGCACGCCGGUGAUACAAACUUUGUUUUUGUCAUGAAGGGCCCGUUGAUAUUAGUGGCGGUAUCCAAAACAUUGGAAAGUGUACCUCAGCUCACUUUACAAUUAACAUAUGUAUAUAAUCAGAUAAUCUCUGUGUUGACACAGUCCCAGUUAAAUAGAGUAUAUGAUCAAAGAAGAAAUUUUGAUCUACGGAGGUUAUUAAGUGGCAGUGAAAGACUGAUAGACCAUUUACUGAACUUUAUGGACAGAGAGCCAGCAUUUUUUCUAGGAGCCAUCAAAUGUUUGCCCUUGCUUCCCUCCAUGAGAAGUUCCAUUACACAGACCAUUAUUCAGACUUGUGCUAAAAUCAAGAACUUAGUAUUUGCCAUACUUCUAGCUAACAAUCAAUUGGUUACACUAGUUAGAAUGAAUAAAUUUUUCCUACACCCGAUGGAUUUACAUAUAAUACAAAAUCUAGUGGACAGUUCCGAGUCACUGAAAACUGCUGAGAGCUGGACGCCGAUAUGCCUACCGAAAUUCGAUUCCAACGGAUAUAUGCACGGCCAUGUAUCAUAUUUGGCAGAAGAUUGUCAGGCAUGUUUAUUGUUACUCACCGUUGAUAGGGACGUGUUUUUCGUGCUAUCAGAAGCCAAACAAAAAAUUGUGGAGAAAUUGCGACGAAUAAACUGUCUGGAAGCAAUAAACGAGUCUAUGAACAAACCAACAGUAACAACUGCUGACAUUGGAUUACCUGAGAUGCGACACGUUUUAUAUAAAUGCAAAAGCACCGCUCAGUUCUGGAGUCCUGGUUUUCAACCGCCUUAUACAACGGAUGAAGAGAUAGAACGAUUAUUGGGACUUUAUCAAUGUUUGCAUCACAGACUACAUUCCCCUAGUCGACCGUUGAAACUUAUAUUUCAGCAGUUAGAUAAGGAAACGAUGUUGGCAUGGGUGGCUUCUGGUUUCGAGUUGUAUGUAACAUUUGAGCCUCUAGUAACAAAACCAGAUGCCAUUGAGGCAGUGAGCAAACUGUUGAAAUGGAUAAAGAAGGAAGAGGAGAGAUUAUUCAUUCUGAACUCGCCUACGUUUUAAACAUUGCCAAGCAUUUUGUUUCUAUUAUAUAUAGAGAGAAAUGAUAUAUGUGAUUGAUAGAAAUAUCUGUUGACCAAAUUUCGAAAAUGUGCGAGAUGUAUGAAGAAUUCCAAAAAUAUCUUCGUCGUAAGUUUUCGAGAGCAGGAAUAUAGUUACUAUUCGUCCAGCGACAUCGUUAUUUUUUUAUUUAAUAAAGCAAUUGUAAUAUAAUGCAAAUAAUGCGAAAAUGUACAUAAAUUUGAAUACGUUACAACGGAUUCGAUUCCGGAUGCAUGUUGUGCAAUUUUAAUACCGAAUUCUUGUAAAUGUCACCAGUGCUAAAAAUAUGUAGAUGUUGAUAAGAGUAUAAAAAA